AUUAUUCACUGGCUUUUAUUAACAGAAUUAGAAAUGGGGCAUUUUCAUCCUUUAUUUUCACAGAGCCAUUUCCUGAUUUGUGUACCUCAUCAUUAAUCACUGUGGCUAGUCAUAGAGAAAAAAUAAAACUAGAAUAGCAAUAUAAUUCCGUUACUGGUAAGAAUUUCAAGGGGUGACAAUAAUUUUGGCACAUGGUAAUAAAAAAUGUUAUUUGUGGUUCAGUGAAUAGUCAGCUUUGUUUGAGGUUUAAAAUAAAGGGCUGCAGAGAAUAAACACAAUAUUGUUUUCACACCCAAUUUUGCUUGUAUUUAUCAUUUUCUGAUAGAAAAAAAAGAAUAGAGACAACUUUUAUCGUUUUGAGCUUAGAGUCUGGGCUCAUCAGUUAUCUUGUAGAUGUUUUUUUUUAUUAUUAUUGUCAGUAAGUUUACAGGCUAAAUUAGGCUUUCGGUGCAACUGUCAGUAAAUUAAGCCACUAAAGUGUUUGUUUGUUUUACUUGUCUCUGUAGCCUAGCUGUUCUCUAUGAUGAUGUCACUUUACUGACUGUAGCUAGUGCUUAUGACUUGGAAAAUGUGAGAGAGAGUUGUUUCUCCCAUGUCGUUUAGUAAAUUUUAGCCGAUUGUUCUCUUGAAAUGUGACGUUUCUUUUUAGUGUGUCUAUCAUUUCGAAAUGGUAGUGUAUUUCUCUAUAAAACAUGGGGGGAAUGUUUUAGAUAACUAGAUUGUCUCUCUGAAAGGGUAAAAUAUAAAAAUGUGUUGUGGGGGGGAUAAAAAGUUAGGCAAUUUUAAAGGCAUAAUGUUAAAAAGUAUUACAUAAAAUUUCAGUAUUGUUCAUGUAAUGUAGCAUAAAAUACAAAUUGACAGAUUUUUAUCCUCACGGUGUCGCUGUGCACCUGCAAAGUAAAGUGGUUGUUAUUUCUCCACCCUGAAUUAUUGCCAUUCCCUUUUGUACUGCCACUUAUUAUUGACGCAGUAUACAUGUUCGGGAGUAUUCGUUUUGAAGAUCUAUGUGCUGAAACCUCGGAGUAUUUUGUGGGACAGGAUAUAUUCAAUCAAACAUAUUCAUCAUUCUCAAGAGAAAAUGAAUAACAACUGGAUGCUAUUGGUUUCUUUUAGUCUGCGGGCUUUUCUCUUCGCCUCCAUUGUGUUGCACACCGCUAAUGGAGACGUGAGCUAUUCUUUUCCGGAGGAGAUGAAACGAGGAUCUGUGAUUGGAAAUAUAGCAAAGGAUCUCGGGCUCGAUGUGAACAGACUGUCAUAUCGUAAGGCUCGCAUUGAUAUUGAAGGUAACAGAAAACGAUACUGUGACAUUAAUCUGAAUACUGGAGAACUGAUCGUAGCGGAGAGAAUCGACAGAGAGAGUCUUUGUGGAAAGAAAGCUUUGUGUGUAAUAAAACAGGAGCUGAUUUUGGAAAAUCCUCUUGAAUCUCAUCGCAUUAACGUAAACGUUCAAGAUGUAAAUGACAAUACCCCUAUCUUUAAAAAAGAUAUAAUAAAAUUUGAGAUCAGAGAGUCGGCUGUAAAAGGUGCUCGUUUUUUGCUCGAGGAGGCUCACGAUGCAGACAUAGGGACUAAUUCUGUUCAAACGUAUAAUUUAGGGCAGAAUAAAUAUUUUGAAUUGGCUGUUGCUGCAAAAACAAUAGGUAAGUUGUAUGGUGAGCUAGUACUUUAUAAAGAAUUAGAUCGUGAACAACAACAGGAGGUAACAUUAAUUCUCACUGCGGUAGACGGCGGGACUCCACCGAGAUCAGGUACUGUAGCCAUACACGUCACUGUGCUGGAUGCUAAUGAUAAUGCUCCAGUCUUUAGUCAGGCCGUCUAUAAAGUCAGUCUGCCUGAAAAUUCCCCUCUAGAUACUGUAGUGGUGACAGUAAGUGCUACUGAUGCUGACGAGGGACAAAAUGGAGAAGUGAUGUAUGAAUUAAGUCAUGCUAUGGAAGGUUUCAAACAAUUGUUUUACCUUGAUCGGAAGACAGGUGUCAUCAGCAUAAAAGGUCCAAUAGAUUUUGAGGAAGAAACCACAUUUAACCUGCGAAUAAUAGCUAAAGAUGGUUCAGGUCAAACAUCUUACUCGAAUGUUGUAAUUAAUGUCAGUGACAUUAAUGAUAACGACCCUAUAAUAAUAGUAAAGUCUUUGAAUAGCCCAAUUCCUGAGAAUGUGUUACCCGGUACAGAGGUUGGCAUCAUUAAUGUGCAGGACAGAGACUCUGAGAAUAACGGACAGGUGCGCUGCUCCAUUCAGCAAAACGUCCCAUUUAAACUCGUUCCUUCAAUCAAAAAUUACUUUUCUCUGGUGACCACAGGUGAAUUAGACCGCGAGCUGCUCUCUGAUUAUAAUAUUACAAUUACUGCUACUGAUGAGGGCUCUCCGCCUUUAUCUUCCACUAAGAAUAUUCACCUGACUGUAGCUGACGUGAAUGAUAAUCCACCUGUAUUUCAGGAGCAGAGUUACAGAGCUCAUGUUCAAGAAAAUAACAAACCUGGCUCCUCUAUUUGUUCAGUAUCAGCUACAGACCCGGACUGGAGACAGAAUGGCACUGUAGUUUAUUCUCUGUUGUCCUCUGAUCUCAGUGGCGCACCGGUGUCCUCCUUUCUAUCCAUUAACGGAGACACCGGGGUCAUUCAUGCCGUGAGGUCGUUUGAUUACGAACAGCUGAAAAGUUUCAAAGUGCUCGUGUUAGCCAGAGACAACGGGUCUCCUCCUCUGAGCAGUAACGUGACCGUGAGUGUCUUCAUAACGGAUGAGAAUGACAACUCCCCUCAGAUAUUAUACCCCUCUCCGGAAGGAAACUCCUUCAUGACCGAGAUGGUACCCAAAGCUGCUCAGGCGCGCUCCCUGGUCUCCAAGGUGAUCGCCGUGGACGCGGAUUCUGGCCAGAACGCGUGGCUCUCGUAUCACAUUAUUAAAGCCACAGAUCCGGGACUUUUCACUAUCGGUGUCCACAGCGGAGAGAUCAGGACGCAGCGGGACAUUUCUGAAUCUGACAACAUGAAACAGAACCUCAUUGUGUCCGUGAGAGAUAACGGACAGCCCUCUCUCUCAGCCACGUGCGCAUUGUAUUUACUUAUAUCAGAUAACUUGGCUGAAGUUCCAGAACUGAAAGACAUGUCUCGUGACGAGAGCAGCUCCAAACUGACGUUUUAUUUGAUCAUCGCGCUGGUGUCCGUCUCCACUUUCUUCCUGACCUUCAUCAUCAUCAUCCUGGCCGUGAGAUUUUGUCGCAGGAGAAAGCCCAGACUGUUGUUUGAUGGAGCUGUAGCCAUUCCCAGCGCGUAUCUGCCUCCAAAUUACGCAGAUGUGGAGGGCGCGGGAACUCUCCGCAGCACUUACAAUUAUGACGCGUACCUGACCACGGGCUCGCGCACUAGUGACUUCAAGUUCGUCAGAUCUUAUAAUGAAGACACGCUGACUGCUGACUUGACUCUGAAAAAGUCUGCUGUGGAUGAUCUUGAAGUGCUUGAUGCAGAGGCAAUGCGGGACAUUACCUCUGAAAAUAAGGUAUUAAAUUAGUUCCACAUGUUUUAUGAGUGCUGUCACCAUAUAAUCUGAUUAAGAUAUUUGUUUAAUGGCAUUGUAAAUUUUAGAAAAGCAGUCUCCUUGAUUUUUGCUAAUUACAACUCAUCAUGAAGUUUAUAUGGAUUAUUAUUAUUAGUUAAAUCAUCAUCAUCAUCAUGUGUUAAGGUAAAAAAAACUGGCUUAGUCAUGAGGUGAUGUACUGAGCUAUCCAUUUUACCUAGAAGUUUAUUUGAAAUUCUAAAUAGUGGCUAGUUACAUACAUUUUCAGAAUGUAUCAGAAAAAAAGUUUUGUUCUUGAUAUCCAGUACUUCUCAGGCCCCUGAAUUAAACCAUAACUUAUCAAAUAUUGAGAUCUCAGUACUAGUUAUAUCCAUAUGUUCUUAAUUUAAAAAGAAAAAAAAA